UGCCAUUGCAGAAGCCACAGCAUCUUUCUGGGGAGCCUGAAAUCGAUGUUGGCUGGAUGAGGAGUAAAAGUGCCAGAAGACAUCAGUAGAGACCUGGACUGACCUGUGGAAAUGCCCCAGUCUUACUGCUGAUUGGUCAGAGAAUGGCAGAAGAGCGAGUACAUGUACAUGAUACUAGUGGCGAGGUAGAGUCAACACUGCCUUCUCAGGUGACAGCAGAACAUCAGAGGAGAGCUUCCCAUUUCAGCCUGAAGUGCCUAAAAGAGAAAAGUGUCCCCAUUGCAGUUAUUGUCCUCAUCACAGUUCUGAUCAUCAUCAUCAUUGCAUUGGCUAAGAAAAAAGAUCCCCCUUGCCCAUCUUGUCCGCCUUCUUGCACUGCUGCCUGUCCAGACAGAUGGGUCGGAUAUCGAGGGAAAUGUUUCUUCUUCUCAGAGACUAAAGAGUCCUGGAACUUGAGUCAAAGUCACUGCAUUUCACUUGGAGCCUCCCUGGGUGUGAUUGAUUCCCCAGCUGAACUGACAUUCAUGCAGCGUUACGUGGGCCCCCUUCACUACUGGAUCGGCCUCCACAGGGCAACAAGCCAGGCCUGGAGAUGGACCAGUGGAAUCCUAUUCAAUGACCUGUUUAAGAUCACAGGGGAAGGACACUGCGCCUACAUGAAUAAUAACAAUAUCAGCAGCGCCAGGUGUUCCUCAGAGAGACACUUCAUCUGCAGCCGGCCAGAUAAUUGUGCCAGAAGGAAGAUUUGAGGACAACACAACAUCCAAUGUGACUUAAGGCACCAGUGCAAACUCUCCUGUAGGCCUGCAGUCUGUACCUGAUCAUCUUCGCUGGAGCAUCCUACCUCUCUGACCACUGCUCCUACUUGAUCCCUACUGACAGCCUGUAGCAGGUUGCCACCUCAGGGCCUCUUCAACAAGGCUUUUGCCCCUUCCCUGACCAUUUCUCAGUAAGCCUUAGUCUUUUGAACCCACUGGCCUUUGCUCCUUGGAGUGUGUCUCAGGA